AGCCGUAACUAGAGUACUCAACUGCAAAUUUCUCUUAAACCUCGUCUCGUCGGAUAGAAAACGCUUUCCCCAUUAGGGUUUUGCACUUCCUCGAGUCGAAGUCCGUGUAACCGGAAGAACCGCCGAAUUCCGCAGCCAUGGCAAGCACAAAAGUUCAGAGGAUCAUGACCCAGCCCAUCAACCUGAUUUUCAGGUUCCUUCAGAGUAAAGCUCGCAUUCAAAUAUGGCUUUUUGAGCAGCGAGACCUGAGGAUUGAGGGCCGGAUCAUUGGCUUUGAUGAGUACAUGAAUUUGGUUCUGGAUGAUGCUGAAGAAGUCAACGUUAAGAAGAAGAGCAGAAAAUCUUUAGGGCGGAUUCUUCUCAAGGGAGACAACAUAACUCUGAUGAUGAACACGGGAAAAUGAUGGUGAUUCCAACAAAUGUAUAAAUCGGGUUAUGUUGCCUUUUCAAUUACAUGGAGGUCUAGCAUCCUUUGGUUUACUGCUAUGUUAGAGGGAACUACUGGACGUCAUGUAUGAUUAAUCAACUUAUCUUUGCCUACAUCUAUGGACUAGCUAGACGCAACUGUUCCUCUUUUACAUGGUUUGUGCUGCCUUCUGCACGGUUGGCUAUGCUUAUAUUUGCAUUUUGAGAAUCUAGAUUGGUCAAUAGACAGAAAACCUAUGCAGGUUUAAUCAGGAUUCCUAUGAAAAGUUAAAAUGGGACAAGAAAAAUCGACUGAAUGAGAUGCUGCCUUGCUUUCAUCA